AUGGCUCAAGGAACAUAUAUACGGGUUCACGUGGACUCAGUUGAAAAACCCAGGUACCGCACCCGAAAGAAUGAAAUUGCAACAAAUGUGCUUGGUGUCUGCACACCAGACAUGCAAUUUAUUUAUGUCCUCCCAGGGUGGGAAGGUUCAGCUGCAGAUGGUAGGGUGCUGAGGGAUGCCAUCAAUAGGAGACAUGGGUUAAAGGUCCCCCAAGAGUUUUAUUACUUAUGUGAUGUUGGAUACACCAAUGGGGAAGGGUUCUUGACACCAUAUAGAGGGCAACGAUAUCAUUUGAAUGAGUGGAGGCAAGGCCGUCAACUAGCGACACCGCAAGAAUAUUUCAACAUGAAACACUCUCAAGCAAGAAAUUUAAUUAAGAGGUGUUUCGGUAUACUAAAGAAAAGAUGGGGUAUUUUGCGAGAAACAUCCUUCUACCUGGUGAGAACCCAAUGUCGCAUUAUUUCAGCAUGCUGCCUUUUAUAUAACUUCAUUAGAAAUGAAUUGCCAACGGACCCAAUCAAGAGUGGGGUUGGGAAAGUGUGCAGUGUCGAGGACGACAAGGAGGACAGUGGUGAAGUUAUAAGGCAUGUGGAUACGAGUGUCACGUGGACUGCGUGGAGAGAUAAUUUAGCUCAAGAAAUAUUCAAAACUUGGAUGUCUUCACGAAAUAUGUAG